AUGUAAGUUGGAAAUAAUGUAGUAGAAAAUCAAAAGAAAGAAGAAAAUGAAGAAGAAUCAAAAGGAGUUGUGACGAUGAAAAGAAGAUUGAUAGCUUCGCUUGAUCUUUUCUAAUUCAUGCCUGUUCCUAAAACUGAAAUGGUCUCCUCUAAAAGAAGCUUAUAUGGGAGUCUUUUGAUGAUAGGAUGCUUUUUAGCCUAUUUUCUCUAUACUUUCGUUGCAUUUGUUACCAACAAUAGUCCAACAGUAAAUUAGUAUUAAGAAAUAUUGGAGAUUUCAAAUAUCACUUUACCUGAUAUUGCUUUUGGAUACUUCUAUGGAGAUCCGUUUACAAAAACCAUAAAUGACCCUUCUAUCUUUUAUUUUCAAAUGGUUUAAGUUACUAAAUUUCAAGAUGUCUCCAAGAAAGAUGUAAAAACAUAAAUACCGUUGAAACCUUGCAAUCCUGAUUGGAUUCCUGCAUCUAAUUUCACACUUCUUUGCCCAAACGAGUCUGCAAACAUGUCAGGAGCUCUUUACCAAACUCCAGAAUUUACUUAUCCUAGAAUUUAAGUGUCAUACUGUACCUCAGGGCACGGGUAGGCCUGUGUAAGUUAGCAAGAAAUAGAUUAGAUCACAGCAGGUGGGAGAAUUUUAUUAUACGUUCGAGAUAAUUCACCGAAUUUCGAUCUUACAACUGGAAAAUCUGUAGAGAGUGUGCCCUAUUCUACUUAUUAAUACUUUCUAAUGCCUGGGCUAUAUCCCAGGACUGAAAUAUUCUUUUAACUUGAGAAAUAUACAAUCAAACCUGAUUACUUAAGAAGAUGGUCGGAUGAUGUUAGAUUAUUUUUAAGUACAGAAAAAAUUAACAGUUGGAUAACAAAUGUGACUGUUUAUAGCAAUGAUAAUGCAUAUUAAAUAGGAUUUCGAUCAGAAUUAACUUAAUAGAUCUCUGUAUUGACUUAUUAAACUUCAUUUGGUAUGAUUUCAAUUGUGGGUGCAUUUUGGGGAGUUUUAUUCUCGACAUUUGCGGCUUAUUUUUUAAUUUAUAAUAAGAAUGUUUUUUAUAGGGAGAAUAAAUAGUGGGAGGAUUUUGGAAAGUAGAUUGGAGUUAGAAAAGCAGCUGAUGUAUUUAAUCUAACUGAAGAAAGACCUCAUUCAAAGGUCAAUGAUUCAAUUGUAUUUGAAAUGACUGAAAUUCAUCAAGAGAACAAUGGCCAUUCUAAAAAUGAAUAGGAUGGAAUUUGAUUAAUUGUUUAAUUUAAAGAUAAUUAUAUCUCAUAGAAUGAAAAUUUUA